AUGCUGGGCAAGCUGUUCAACCUGGGUGCUGCCCCGGGUGCUUCCAACCAAGCUCAGCCUCCUGCUUCCAGACAGGUCUCGUCGCUCGAGUCCGUGCAGGAAGACAUCCACACCCGCUCUCUCCUGUUCCCAGACGCCCAGACUCUGUACCAGCACCAGAAUGACCAGGUCUUCCCUAUGUCCAGCGCCUCUGCGCUGCCCAUGUCGACCUCGGUCGCCAACCCCUACGACCUCGACGGGGACCUCGAGAUCGAGGGCCGUGACGUCCGCGUCAUCAUCAUGCAGGACACCUCGAGCUCGUCUCCGGCCUCCCUGCUUUAUGACAGCCAGCGCCCCCAGAUGCCCCAGGAGCCUUCACCCACCGAACGGCCCCAGACCAUGGCAGGCAUGUCUCAGGCCCUCCCACAGGAUCCCCGCCGGUUCCCAUCUUCACAGCGCAAGACGAGCACCGGCCAGUCUUCCAAGCCUCUUGUCAUCCAGCCCGGGAGCCCGCAGCCGCGCCAGAGCGCGUUCGACAGAAGGGCUUCCAUGCAUAGCCGGACCCAGAGCAAGGCCGAGACGGAGGCACAGAAGGCCUUACGGGAGUACAAACAGGAAAUCGACACGUUCGCCGGAUGCAUCUUUGGCAACAACGAAUUUCUAGCCUACAAGGGGACUUCAACCAAAGUCCAUGUGGUCCCCUCGGACAUACGGAACGACGUGCCGAGCUCGGGUUUCGGGGACGGCAGAGGCUCCAUCGGCAGGUCUGCGACGAGGACAAGCAAGCUGUCCCAGUCGUUUUCUUCCGAGUCAGUGCCUCCGUUCAAGCCAUCGGUUUCUUCGCCAUUGCCUCGGUCCUCGGAUCGGAAGAGAGUGCUCAUCACGCGGCUCUUCCCAGUCAGUAUUCCUGCCGACGAUACCCUGACAGGCACUCCCAAGGGGCGCUUUGCCGAGGACAGUUCAGGAUUCCCGUUCCCGCAGUCGAGUGACGAGGCAAAGGCGAAAGCCAAGAAGGCACAGCUGAAGCAGAAGAGGACACCAAUGUAUGCGGUGGCUCUCAUCAUCAGCCUGCCGCCAGGCGUGCCUCAAACUGCGCCGGCCAGCGCAUCUCGGUCGGCUUUCCGCGGUCCGAGCUCCUACAACGAGCAACAGGAUUCAUUCCCGUCGUCUUACAACUCUGCACGGCGGUCCGGCUGGGCGACUGUGGGGCCAGGCUUUGGUGGCUUCGAUGCGUUUGAGGCGGGCUUCAAUAUGGACUCGGAGGAACGCAUUGACGCCAUCACACGGCAUUGGGAUGUCAUUAUGCGCAGCCUCACGUCUCUACAGUCUACCGUCGCCACUGAGCUGUUCUCGUUGCUGAAGCAAGCAGACAUCUCGUCGCCGAACCCUGUGCCAAACUCGGUCUCAAGCCACAUCUCCCGCGUGCCCUCGAACGCCAGCCAGAAGCCGCCCAAAACAAACACCAAGUUCAUCUCUCUUCUCCCCAACUGUCUGGCAGCUGACAGGCUGGUCAAGUCAGAGGUGGAUGCUGCGAGAGCUCGGAUCGUGUCCGGUCUACGGGCCACCAGAGUCGUCACCGGGCAGAACCGGUGGGGAAUCUGGCGCGAAGAGGCUCGCUGGGUGGAGAGGUGGGCUGGUGGGCGAGACCAGGGCUUCUUCUUCUUCAACCUGCUCACGGGGUUCCUCUCGGUGCACACGGACUGGUUGCAGGCUCUAAGUCCCUCCAGAUACCGCAGGCAAUUCUCGGCCCUGCAAAAGCUCAAGGGCGACGAUGACCUUUCGCUGCCGGCUCGAACUAUCGUCAUCUCGCAGGAUCGGGUAGCCGCGCGAAGGCUCAUCUUCCUGCUUUCCGCUUUUCUGCCCGCCAACCAGCAAAUGUCGUCGAUGCGGACACAGCGGCCGCAGACGUCGGCUUCUUUUGGGGGCUUUUCACAAUCCCCACCAUCAUUCAUUAUUCCGCUGACCAAGGAGGAAUCCUUGCGCCGCAAGAUCAAUCGCCGUGGCGCCUCGAGACAUGCUUCGCACUCGCGCACCACAAGCACAUACACAACCAGUACGAAAGGUUCCGUGCCGGCUCAUCUAGCCCAUCUCAGCAUGGACAGUCAGCACGGACGCAGGGCGUCUGAUGCCGCGUCCAUCAGAACAAGCUUGCCUCUCCACGGCAGUGACACUGACAGCCGGAAGGCCAGCGCCGCCACAACGGCGACCGUCACGCAGGAGAACAGCACCAUCAUCCCUCAUUUCGCGACUCAGAACACGGAAUCGCAAGUCUAUGGUCAUGCUGACAGCAGCAUGGCAGCAAACGAUCUGAAGCGCUCUCUGAAGCGAGGGGACAGCGUGUGCAGUUCUGACACCCAGACGAGCUCGCGCUGGGGAAGCGUGAUCAGCGGACUUUGGACUACGCGGCGGAGGGAGUCUUCGCUCAGCACGGCACCGAACCGAGAUUCGCCAGGCAGUCGGGACAGCAUACCCGUGUCGCCGAGGAAGCCAGCAUCGAAUCGAAGGAACUCUCUCGGGAGGAUGGUGGAGGAAGCCGCUGCUUUGGAUCCCAUGUCGCAAGCCAGGACCAGAGACUCUCCCAGGGGAAAAGACGCUGGAUCGCCGCAGACUCCGGACGCUGAAGCGGAGACCGGACAGAGGUCCCGUGCACCGAUCCCAAUGGAGAGGAAGCCAGAUCCAAGUGGGGCUUUCGAGUCGCCGGUCAAGACGACGAUCAACCCCGAGGACGGCGUCAUCGACGUUGAUGUCCCGUUCCCGGACUUUAUCGCCUCCUUCGAAACCGCGGUAAGCUCGCCGUCGAGCAGCGGCUAUCUGUCGACGCCGGGCCUCAACGGCCUGGAGUUGUUCGAGCAAGCAUGUCGAGUCGCUUUCGACGGAGAUGUGCCGAUGAAUGUGGCAGGAUGGCUACAGCGGUACCACCCGGAUUUCAUAUUGCAGGCCAUCCCACCCCAGAACGACCUACUGGAGCAGGUGAAAGCGUCACUCCGGGCCGAGCCAACCCCAUGCUCGGCCAUGCUGGCUGAAGGCAACGAAGAGAAGUGGGUGGAUGUCAGCUCGGCCCUCAUCGCAGACAGCACCGACUUCUCGAUCCGGCGCAUACGCUACCGGCGCCUCAUCAAGCCCAAGAGCGGCGCCGAGAGGACAACACCGCUGCUGUCCUCUUCUGUCAACACGAUGAGCUCGACCAACAUGACACCACUGAUCUCGCCAUAUGAGCAGCACCUGCAGGAGGACUUCGUCGAGGAGCCAAUCGUCACGCUAGAUGACACCCUGAUCGAGGCAGUCGAACGGGUGAUUGCCCACGGCAGCGACGUCAGCAAGGACAGCUCGCAGUGCUCCUCGCGGUCGACGAGCAAGAGAAGGGAAAGCUUUGCUGAUCUCCUCGCCGCGGCCGCCGCGAGCACGGCAACGUCAACUGCCGGCCUGGCUGCCCCCGAGUCGGAAGUGCUCGAGGGCACCCAGCCGCGGAAGGGCUCCCCUCAGCAGGGCGAGGUGCCGCGGGGAGAAUGCAAGACUGUGGUUCUGUCUGCCCUGGAGAACAUCGCGAGGGAUGUCACGCAGAAGAAGAGCGAGGGGGAAGACCUGGGGCGGGCCACUAGCGGUGGCCCGCGCAGCCGGGAGAAGGAGAGCGUGCUGAGAGAAGCGGUGCGCUCGUGGGUUGAAGGCGUGGAGGCCAGCAUAGAGGCCGGCCAGUAG